AUGGAUUCUUCCCCACAAAUGGAAAAUGAGGGCGCCGAGGACUGCACAAGCACCACGUCGUCGCUUGCUUUCCCAACAUUAGAGGAUUCUCAAUCGAUGCGAUCUGAUUUAAAUAAAAUGUUAGAGCCUGUAAAUCAGUUGCCAAUAAAAACUGUCAAGGAUGUCGACAUUGCUAAUCGAUGUAAUCGGGCACUGAGCUCACCUAAUACAGAGGACAAAGAAAAUAUUUUUCUUGAGAUAGGGGAUGGCUCGUCGACAUCAUUGUCAGUAGAUAAAGGUAUGAAAUAUAAAAAGUUGACAGGUGAAGGAUUGAAAGAUGAUGGAAAAAGGCUUGAAGUCAGUGCACCUCCACUGGAUUUAAUAAAUGCAACGAACGAUAAUUCAUUAGUUAAAAAGUUAGUAGUUGACGCAAAAGUUAAGAGUGAGCCUGACAAAAUGAAACCAACCGUAGUCAUACGUAAUAUGUAUUUGCCGACGAAGAAGUUUGCGAAAAUAUUGCCAUCUGGACAAAUAUAUAAAAAAAAAGUGAAAAUUCCGGAUAAGCAAGAUGUAAUCUUAGAUCCGGAAGUCGAAGUCUGUCAUCUGGUUAAGAAAAUGUUGCAAAUAUCUGCCAGACUGCAGAGAAAAACUGCUACAACUGGAUCAUUAAAGAAAAUAAAUAAAAAAUCACCGAUACCAUCGAUAGCGGGGGAGAAGAGACGCGUCAGUUUUUCUCAGCAUAUGUCGAUAGUGGUGAAAACCACAUUAAAUAGUGUCGAACAAAAAUCAGCUCGCAAACGCGUUCUGGGUGCAGCAACACAACAACAGCAACGCAUUAUUAUUAGGCCCACAAAAAGCGGUGAAGUCAAGCAGUUUGCAAAAAACGUAGGCACAACUCGCAAAAGUAUGUUACCAAGGGCUGCGAACGCAACCGACAAAGCACCGGCUGCUCAAAUAUUUCCCUCUAAAAAAGCGAAAUUGAGUAAAUUGGAAUCCUUAAAGCAUUCCAAGGUUAGAGUCAUGAGUGAUUCUAAAACAGCGCCAGCAUAUACGAAACCUGAAGGAAUAUUUGUUUGUAAAGGAUGUAAUCAGAAAUUUCGUAUAAAAUCUCUUCUGGACGGACAUAAACGUUUGCAUGAACUCGACACUAAUCCCCCUAAAUGCAUUAAGCGUUUUGGUUCCGAAAAUAAAUGUGAGUAUUGCGACAAGAAAUUCGCUCUGUUAGGAACCCUGACUAUGCAUCUGUUGCGAUAUUGCGAAAAGAUUCCUGCACUUAAGAAGCGUAAAUUGCAACGUUUUCCUUAG